AUUUCGCGUUGCGUUCAGAGUCGGCGGAGAUUCGCAACGGACGGUUAAGUGUAUCCGUUUACUUCUUUUUCUUAAAAAGAAACUUUUUAUUUGUCUCCUGCCUCAUUGUCGUCGUUGUUUGUCGUCAUUGUUACGCGAUUUUCUUUAUUCUUUUGUCUCUUUGAUUAACUCUUUAGAUAUACAAAAUGGAGAAGAAAAGUGUUUGCAUCAUUGGCUCUGGAAAUUGGGGAUCGGCCAUUGCUAAGAUAGUUGGCGCCAAUGCCAAAAAGCAAAAUAAUUUUGAAGACCGCGUUACUAUGUACGUGUACGAAGAAUUAAUAAAUGGAAAAAAAUUGACUGAAAUAAUUAACGAAACGCAUGAAAAUGUAAAAUAUCUUCCUGGUCAUCAACUUCCAGAGAACGUGGUUGCAGUUCCUGAUGUUAUGGAAGCUGCGAAGGACGCUGAUAUCCUUAUUUUCGUGGUGCCACAUCAGUUUAUUCGUAGAAUAUGCAGCACACUUUAUGGAAAAAUUAAACCUACAGCCAUUGGUCUCUCCCUUAUAAAAGGUUUUGACAAAAAAGAAGGUGGUGGUAUAGAGUUGAUCUCGCAUAUCAUUUCUAAUGAAUUACACAUUCCUAUGUCUGUAUUAAUGGGAGCAAAUUUGGCAUCUGAGGUAGCAGAGGAAAUGUUCUGUGAAACCACCAUAGGAUGCAAAGACAAAGUAAUGGCUCCGGUUCUUCGAGAUCUGAUUCAGACAUCAUAUUUCAGAGUUGUUGUAGUUGAAGAUGUUGAUUCAGUUGAAUGCUGUGGAGCAUUAAAGAAUAUUGUGGCUUGCGGCGCUGGUUUCGUCGAUGGAUUAGACUUAGGUGAUAACACAAAAGCCGCGGUUAUUCGAUUAGGAUUAAUGGAAAUGAUUAAAUUUGUGGAUGCCUUCUACCCUGGUGGUAAACUAUCAACAUUUUUUGAAAGCUGUGGUGUAGCUGAUCUUAUUACAACAUGUUAUGGUGGAAGAAAUCGUAAAGUAUCAGAAGCUUUUGUAAGAACUGGAAAGACUAUUGAGGAAUUAGAGAAAGAAAUGCUCAAUGGGCAAAAAUUGCAAGGACCAUUUACAGCAGAAGAAGUAAAUUAUAUGUUAAAGUCGAAAAAUAUGGAAAGUAGGUUUCCUCUUUUCACGGCAAUCCAUCGUAUUUGCAUCGGACAGCUAAAACCUGCGGAUCUGAUCGAUUGUAUUCGCAAUCAUCCGGAACACAUGUAAGCGUUUAAUAGUUACAAUUAAAGUUGGAGGCGGAUUAAAUUGGAAUACAACGAUAAUCGAACGAUAAGUUUAAACUUGUGAUGUCAAUUCUUAUAUUGAUUUUGUUUAAUAUGUUGGUUUUUAUUCCUGUCAAAAAUAGCAUUAACAUUUUAGCAGUAUAAACCCAAUAGUUGAUGAUGAUAACAUUAUUUUAAUAUUUGUGCUUUGACUUGUAACGUUAUAAUGAAAUUACUAACAUAGAUAGUUCGUUAAAAACAAUAUUUCAUUAUAUCUAGCGCUAUAUGCGCUUAAUCCGUCUCUAACGUUAUAAUUAUUUUGUUUUUCUGUAAUCCACCCUCUUACACUUCAUUUUACUGGUGGAACAUAAAUCGCAUGAGAGAAGAUCUGUUGGUAAUAAGAAAAUUUUGGCCGAGUUAUUUGAUAGAUUUUAAAAUAAUACAUUUAAAUAGUAUGUAUAAAUUAAUUUGCACAAACAUGUACAUAUAUGUACAUAAAUGUACAUACAUGUAUAUAUAUGCAUAUAGAUAUAUGUAUAUUUAUAGAGACGAUAAAUACGCAUCUAACAAGCGAAGUAAAGAAAGCAGGUCUUUCAUAAUUUCUUCGUAUUUACUCUUUUUUCCUUUUUGCAAUAUGUUCUUAUACAUUGUAUGUUUGUUUGAAAUUGAAGAAGUGACAGAACUUCUCAAAGUGAUGGUUUUUAAUUAUGAUAAAUCUUCAAUAACAAGAACAUGAAAUUAAAAAACUAUCUGUCAGAUUAUGUUGUUAUAAUAAUACAACUUCUUAACAUUAUUUGACAGAAAAUUUUUAUUUCAAUUUAUUUUGUUGUUAAGUUUCAUAUAUUCUUAUCAAAUGUUUAUUGGAUACUUUUAGUUGUUAUUCAACAUUGGGUUAUUAUUGAAGUAAUAUUGAAUUUUUUUUUUGACUUUUUGAUUUACGAUUAAAAUACUUAAAUUAUCGAUACAAAUCGAUAUAAAUAUUGGACGCACAUUUUUCGUAUAAGAUUAAAUAUUAAAUAUUUUUUAAAUGAAAUAUAUACAUAUGUAUAUGUUUAUUUUAAUUAUGUGAUUUAAUAAUCAGAUUAAAAUAUUCAAACUCGUACAAUCUUCAUUGAAGAAAUAUAAUCUUUUUAUCGAUUUGAUUUAAAACUUACGUUAUUGAAAAAUACGUUCCUCUCAUUUUUUUCUUUAAAUACAUUCCGUAUAUUGCAAGGAAUAUCACAAGAUACAAUGUUGAAAAGGAAAAAAUUAAAAGUAUACGAAAAAGCGUGAAUAAAGAGUUAUAUAAUUACUAUAUAUAUAUUUUAAUGAGAUGUUUAUUUGAAGUGUUAUAUAUUCAUAGAACUAAAUCGGACGUAGAUAAAACAAAUAUGUAUAUUAACUCGUGCCAAUUUUUGGCUCGUCAUGAUGUCAUGAUGUCAAGAAAACGUUUAUUGUAUAGUUAUCACAAUGUUAUUAGAAAAGAAGUUAAAACAGUAUGAUGUACCUAAAAAGAGAAAAUAUACGAAUGUUAAUUGUUAUUACAUUAAAAAAACCAAAAACAAAACAAAAAAAGACUUUGUGUAGUUUAAAA